AUGCUAAGAGCAUCUUCGGCUUGCGCCUCAAAGGCGAGCACCAGGUCCGUUACUUCCGGUCCCUCGUGGCGGAUUGCUCGUCCGCUACGCUCGGAAUCCUUACGGCGCGGAUAUGCCUCUAUUACCGACCUCAGUAAAUAUCCUCAGCCGGGAGACCAGUUGCAUGGCUUCACAUUCAAGCGUGCCAAACACGUUCCAGAGCUGGAGUUAACAGCUCUGCAUCUGCAGCAUGAUAAAACUGGUGCCGAUUAUCUGCAUAUCGCUCGCGAUGACAAAAAUAAUGUCUUCUCAAUUGGUUUUAAGACAAACCCUCCAGACGACACCGGAGUGCCGCACAUUCUCGAGCAUACGACGCUUUGUGGGAGUGAGAAGUACCCCAUUCGUGAUCCUUUCUUCAAGAUGCUCCCUCGAUCUCUCUCCAAUUUCAUGAACGCCUUCACUUCUUCAGAUCAUACCACCUAUCCUUUUGCGACAACCAAUCCACGCGACUUCAAUAACCUGAUGUCUGUUUACCUCGAUGCCACGCUUCAUCCUCUGUUGACGCGGAACGACUUUAACCAAGAGGGUUGGCGCAUUGGACCUCAGAACCCUGUUUCGGCCCUCUCGGAGGAUGCUCCUCGCGGAGAAGACGACAAGCUUGUUUUCAAGGGUGUGGUCUACAAUGAAAUGAAGGGCCAGAUGUCAGAUGCCAGCUAUCUUUUCUACAUUCGGUUUCAAGAUCAUAUUUUCCCAGCCAUCCAUAAUUCCGGCGGCGAUCCGCAGAAGAUUACGGACUUGACAUACCAACAACUCAAGGAUUUCCAUGCCGAGCAUUAUCAUCCAAGCAACGCAAAAGUCUUCACAUACGGCGACAUUCCUCUGGAAGAACACUUGAAGGAGAUUGGGUCCCGCCUCGAGCGGUUUGAGAAGAUCCAGAAAGACAGCGAGAUCAGGGGCCCAAUAAGUCUCGAUCAGGGUCCACAAUACGUCACGGUGAAAGGUCCUAUCGAUCCCUUGGUUGAUCAAGAUAUGCAGUUCAAGACUUCCACCUCGUGGCUUAUGGGAGACAUGACGAACAUUCUGGAGACCUUUUCCUUGGGUGUCAUUUCGUCGUUGCUGUUGGAUGGUUAUGGCUCGCCCAUGUAUCGCAAUCUGAUUGAGGCUGGCUUGGGACCCGAUUUUAGCCCCAAUACAGGUUUCGAUAGCUCAGGCAAGACGGGUGUUUUCUCAGUUGGACUGAACGGUGUCCGAGAAGCCGAUGUUCCUAAAGUUAAAGCGGCCGUUCAAAAAACUCUUCAGGAAGUCAAGGAGUCUGGUUUCGAGAAGAACAAGGUUGACGGUCUGCUGCAUCAGCUGGAACUGAGUUUGAAGCAUAAGACCGCUCAUUUUGGCAUGGGCAUAAUGCAGCGGCUGAAGCCUGGAUGGUUCAACGGAGUCGAUCCUUUUGACGCGUUGGCCUGGGACGAAACUGUUUCCGCAUUCAAGGAGAAAUACGCACAGCCUGGAUAUCUUGAGAGCCUACUGGAGAAGUAUUUGCUGAAUGACAACACUCUCACUUUUACCAUGGAACCAUCAACAACCUUCAGUGAGGAACUCGCAGCUGAGGAGGCUACCCGCUUGGCUUCCAAGAUUGCCGAGGCGGCUGAGAAUGCCGGCGGUGAGGAAAAAGCUCGUCAGCAACUUGAGAAGCAAGAACUUGAACUUCUUGAGAUUCAAGAGGCGGCCAGAAACCAGGACCUCAGCUGUCUGCCAACCGUCCACGUCAAGGAUAUUCCUCGUCAGAAAGAAAUCAAGCCCGUAAGGGAUACCCUUGUGGGAAACGCCAAAGUUCAGUGGAGAGAGGCGCCGACGAAUGGUUUGACAUAUUUCCGUGCCGUCAAUUCACUCGAAGGCCUGCCUGAUGACUUGCGGUCGCUCGUUCCCUUGUUCACCGAGUCUGUGAUGCGACUUGGUACCAAGGACAAAUCCAUGGAGGAACUUGAAGAUCUGAUCAAGCUCAAGACUGGUGGCGUUAGGACAAUGUAUCACUCAUCUACGUCUCCUACAGAUCUGACGAAGUACACUGAAGGCUUGGCUUUCUCAGGCUACGCUCUGGACCGCAAUGUCCCCGCCAUGUAUGAAAUCCUCCGCACUCUUAUUCUGCAGACGAAUUUCGAUGGGCCGGACGCAGCAGCGAAAAUCCGACAACUCUUGCAGGCUUCAGCUACGGGUGCAGUCAACUCGGUCGCAGAGGUUGGUCACUCGUUUGCUCGGCGUUUUGCCGAAGCCGGAUUGACUCCUGAAGGACGCCUGGCAGAGCAGAUUGGUGGACUUACCCAGGUCGGACUUACCGCUGAGCUCGCGGCUCGCCCUCUUUCAGACGGCUUAGCCGAUGUCAUUUCCAAGCUGAAGUCGAUCCAAGAAUUCGCCAUUUCUGGAGGCAGUGGCUUGCGGGUCGCGCUUACGUGCGGACCCGAAAGUGCGUCCGCCAACGAGGCCGCCUUGAACAACUUCCUCUCUGGCCUGCCUCAAUCAUCGACCCCUCCAAAGGCAUCGUCGCCACCGACUGUCUACCCUCGCAAUUCGAAAUCCUUUUUCCCACUACCGUACCAAGUCUACUACACGGCUCUUUCCCUGCCCACUGUCCCUUACACGCACGCCGCUGGUGCUCCGCUCCAGAUCCUUUCGCAGCUCCUCACACACCGACACUUGCACCACGAGAUUCGGGAAAAGGGCGGAGCCUAUGGCGGUGGCGCCUACUCCAAGGGCCUAGGCGGCCUUUUCGGAUUUUACAGCUACCGCGACCCCAACCCCCAGAAUACGCUAAAGAUUAUGCGUGACGCCGGAGUUUGGGCGCGCGAGAAGGAGUGGACCGACAGGGAUAUCGAAGAGGCGAAACUCAGCGUCUUCCAAGGACUCGAUGCCCCCGAGAGCGUCAGCGAGGAGGGCAUGGUUCGCUUCCUGUCCGGUGUCGAUGAGCAGAUGCAGCAGCUUCGACGAGAACGUUUGCUCGAUGUCAAUGCCGAAGACGUAAAGGAAGUUGCGCAAAAGUUCCUUGUCGAACAGCUCGACAACGCCAGCACGGCCGUUCUCGGCGAACGUGGCGACUGGGUCACGGACAAGGAUGGCUGGCAGGUAAGAGAGCUCGGCAUGUCUGAGCCUGUCCCUGACAGUGCUUGA